AUGAUCAGUUAUUUUAAUGAUUAUGCAAAUCUGUGUUUUGAGAAGUUUGGUGAUCGUGUCAAACACUGGAUUACUUUUAGCAACCCCUGGGCUGUUGCUGAGAAGGGUUAUGAAACGGGAGAACAUGCACCAGGACUGAAGCUCGGUGGAUGUGGAGCAUACAAAGCAGCACACCAUAUAAUUAAAACUCAUGCCAAGGUCUGGCACUCGUACAACACCACCUGGCGCAGUCAGCAGCAAGGUAUGGUUGGAAUUUCCCUAACUAGUGCUUGGGGUGAACCUGUUGAUCCACACAACCAAACAGAUCAGGAUGCAGCUGAAAGAUACAUUCAGUUCCACUUGGGAUGGUUUGCAAACCCCAUUUACAGAGGAGACUAUCCAGAAGUCAUGAAGACUUAUGUAGGUAGGAAGAGUGCACAGCAGGGCCUGGGGACAUCAAGAUUGCCAACUUUCUCAGUGCAAGAGAAAGCCUACAUUAAAGGCACAUCGGAUUUCCUGGGAAUAGGUCACUUUACUACUCGUUAUGUCCUACAGAAGAGCUUUCCCUUUCUACAAGUGUCCAGCUACCACACUGACCAUGAUUUGGCUGAACUGGUGGACCCAGAAUGGCCAGCUCCAGGGCCUAAGUGGUUAUAUUCUGUGCCCUGGGGACUCAGAAGAUUACUCAACUUCAUUAAGACCCAGUAUGGGAACCCUCUCAUUUAUGUGACAGAGAAUGGAGUUGCCGAAAAGGUGCAGUGCACGCAGCUGUGUGAUGAGUGGCGCAUAGAGUACCUGAGAGGGUAUAUUAAUGAAAUACUGAAAGCUCUAAAUGAUGGUGUUAAUGUCAAAGGCUACACUGCCUGGUCACUGCUGGAUAAAUUUGAGUGGAACGAAGGCUUCUCUGAAAGAUUUGGAUUUUACCAUAUUGAUUUUAAAAACAAGAACAAGCCACGAUACCCAAAGGCAUCUGCUGACUACUAUAAAAAGAUUAUCAGUGCAAAUGGAUUCCCAAAUCCAAGAGAGGUGGAACACUGGUAUGACAAGGCCAUGGACACUUGCUCUACCACACAGAAACUCCUUGUUACAGAUUCCCUGAUUACUCACAUGGAAAAGGUGACAGAGAUUGUUCUGCCUACAGUUUUCACACUCUGCAUACUCAUCAGUAUCGUCCUACUCGUACUCUACCUUCGAAACCACAGUUAAAACUGCAUGCUUGCAUGCAGCUUUACUUUGCAUA